GGCGGCACUUCCGGUUGGGCCCUCGGGUCUCCCCGGAGCGGCGGUACCUCCUCCGCCUCCUCAGCCUCCUCCCGGCGGAGACCCCAGCGCCGGCUCUCCCUUCUCUCCACCGGCCAGAGAUGGAGGCAAACCAGGCAGGCAGCGGUGCCGGGGGUGGCGGGAGCAGCGGCAUCGGGGGCGAGGACGGGGUCCACUUCCAGAGUUACCCCUUUGACUUCCUGGAAUUCCUCAACCACCAGCGCUUUGAGCCCAUGGAGCUGUACGGGGAGCAUGCCAAAGCAGUGGCGGCCCUGCCCUGCACCCCGGGGCCCCCGCCCCAGCCCCCACCCCAGCCUCCUCCGCCCCAGUAUGACUACCCACCCCAGUCCAGUUUCAAACCCAAGGCGGAGGCUCCUUCCUCAUCCUCGUCAUCAUCUUCCUCCUCAUCUUCCUCAUCUUCAUCUUCUUCAUCCUCUUCCCAAGCCAAGAAGCUGGAUCCGCCAUUGCCGCCCACCUUCGGGGCGCCACCCCCUCCGCUCUUUGAUGCUGCCUUCCCUGCCCCGCAAUGGGGAAUUGUCGACCUCUCUGGGCACCAGCACCUGUUUGGAAACCUGAAACGAGGAGGGCCCACGCCUGGGCCGGGGGUGGCAUCAGGUCUGGGCACUCCCACCGGGACCCCUGGGCCACUUUCCACACCCACGCAGACCCCACCUGGGCCCACCGUGGGGGCGGCCUGCGACCCAACCAAGGACGACAAGGGUUACUUCCGAAGGCUAAAGUACCUGAUGGAGCGUCGCUUCCCGUGCGGCGUGUGCCAGAAGUCCUUCAAACAGUCCUCGCAUCUGGUCCAGCACAUGCUGGUGCACUCCGGGGAGCGGCCAUACGAAUGCGGUGUCUGUGGCCGCACCUACAACCACGUCUCCAGUCUCAUACGCCACCGACGCUGCCACAAGGAUGUGCCGCCAACUGCUGGGGGUCCGCCACAGCCUGGGCCCCCUCUUCCUUCACUGGGCCUCCCGGUACCCACAGCCAGUGCCACAGCCACCUCUGCCCCUGCCGCAGUGUCCUCGGGCCCCUCAGCCACACCUGCAGCGCCUGCCACCUCCACGGAUGGGAAUGCCACCCCGGCCGCCCCACCCGGGGUGGCCAUGCCUCCCCCCACCACUACUGGCGGGGAGGGCCCAUUUGCCUGCCCCCUGUGCUGGAAGGUCUUCAAGAAGCCCAGCCACCUCCACCAGCACCAGAUCAUCCACACGGGUGAGAAGCCCUUCUCCUGCUCUGUGUGCAGCAAAAGCUUCAACCGGAGGGAGAGCCUCAAGCGGCACGUGAAAACGCACUCGGCCGACCUGCUGCGCCUGCCCUGUGGCAUCUGCGGCAAGGCCUUCCGCGAUGCCUCCUACCUCCUCAAGCACCAGGCGGCCCAUGCAGGGGCGGGGGCCCCGCGGCCGGUGUACCCGUGCGACCUGUGCGGGAAGACCUACUCGGCCCCGCAGAGCCUGCUGCGGCACAAGGCUGCCCACGCGCCACCUGUGGCCCCCGAGCCGGCCAAGGACGGGGCGGCCUCAGUCCCGCAGCCGCCCCCCACCUUCCCCCCGGGCCCCUACCUCCUGCCCGCGGACCCAACCACCACCGACGAGAAAGCCACGGCUGCUGCAGCGGCUGUGGUGUAUGGUGCGGUGCCUGUCCCACUUCUCAGCGCGCAUCCGCUGCUGCUCGGUGGUGCCGGGAACGGUGGUCCUGGCGGCGCGGGCGCGGGCGUCCCAGGCAAGACGUUCUGCUGCGGCAUCUGUGGGCGGGCGUUCGGACGCCGGGAGACCCUGAAGCGCCACGAGCGCAUCCACACCGGGGAGAAGCCCCACCAGUGCCCAGUGUGCGGGAAGCGCUUCCGUGAAUCCUUCCACUUGAGCAAGCACCACGUGGUGCACACCCGGGAGCGGCCCUACAAGUGCGAGCUGUGCGGCAAGGUCUUCGGCUACCCGCAGAGCCUCACGCGCCAUCGCCAAGUGCACCGGCUCCAGCUGCCCUGCGCCCUGGCUGGAGCCACGGGCCUCGCCACGGGCCAGGGGGCCACGGGGGCCUGUGGACCCGGGGCUGCGGGCACUUCAGGUGGGCCCGCCGACGGCCUGAGCUACGCCUGCUCAGACUGUGGGGAGCAUUUCCCGGAUCUCUUUCAUGUCAUGAGCCACAAGGAAGCCCACAUGUCCGAGAAGCCAUAUGGCUGUGACUCCUGCGGCAAGACCUUCGGCUUCAUCGAGAACCUCAUGUGGCACAAGCUGGUCCACCAGGCUGCCCCGGAGCGUCUUCUCCCGCCAACACCCAGUGGCCCUCAGUCCGCCGAUGGCUCCAGCAGUGGCACCGAUGCAUCCAGCGUGCUGGACAACGGACUGGCCGGAGAGGUGGGGGCGGCUGUGGCAGCGCUGGCCGGCGUGUCUGGGGGCAGCGAGGAUUCGGGUGGGACGACGGUGACCGGAGGGGGUGGCGGGACCACUUCAGGCGCCGAGCGCUUCAGCUGUGCCACGUGCGGCCAAAGCUUCAAGCAUUUCCUGGGCCUGGUGACUCACAAGUAUGUGCACCUGGUGCGCCGGACCCUGGGUUGCGGCCUCUGCGGCCAGAGCUUUGCGGGCGCGUACGACCUGCUCCUGCACCGCCGAAGCCACCGGCAGAAGCGGGGCUUCCGCUGCCCGGUGUGCGGGAAGCGCUUCUGGGAGGCGGCCCUGCUGAUGCGCCACCAGCGCUGUCACACAGAGCAGCGGCCCUACCGGUGCGGCGUGUGCGGCAGAGGCUUCCUGCGUUCCUGGUACCUGCGGCAGCACCGAGUAGUGCACACCGGCGAGCGCGCUUUCAAGUGCGGAGUGUGCGCCAAGCGCUUUGCGCAGUCCUCCAGCCUGGCCGAGCACCGGCGUCUGCACGCCGUGGCCCGGCCUCAGCGCUGUGGCGCCUGCGGCAAGACCUUCCGCUACCGCUCCAACCUGCUGGAGCAUCAGCGGCUGCACCUGGGCGAGCGCGCCUACCGUUGCGAGCACUGCGGCAAGGGCUUCUUCUACCUGAGCUCUGUAUUGCGCCACCAGCGUGCCCACGAGCCCCCACGGCCCGAGCUGCGCUGCCCGGCCUGUCUCAAGGCCUUCAAGGAUCCUGGCUACUUCCGGAAGCACUUGGCUGCCCAUCAGGGCGGCAGGCCGUUCCGCUGCUCCUCCUGCGGUGAGGGCUUCGCCAACACCUACGGUCUGAAAAAACAUCGCCUGGUGCACAAGGCUGAGGGUCUUGGGGGACCCGGAACAGGGGGAAACGCCUUGGCCGGGAAGGAUCCCUGACCGGAAGGUUUCAGUGUGCCACUACAAUCAGAUGUUCCCUUCUGGACUCUCCCCUUCUGGGACUGCUGGUCAGACUCUCCCCACCCUCCUCACUAACUGUACCCAUUCUAAAAAAAUACAGAUGGUCUAGCUUCCUUCCGAUCCCGUGCCCUAUAAACUGAAGAUUAAAUCGCUCCAAUCCCAGGCCAUUCUGGCCCUUCCUUCCUCGUCCGUCACACACUGAACUUGAUCCUCCGUCCAGCCUUCUUUUGUAAACCUCAUCGGCUGCCUAGCAGCAUUUUGGCUCCAGUGAACUCUGUGGAGGAGACGGGUCUGAACUACUCACCGCCUCUACUUCCUUUGGGAUCUGGCUGGACAGUGGACUAUGAACAGAGUUGGGAGGGCACAGGUGGGAGUCUGGGUGCUCUUGGAUUGGGGGGUGGGGGGAAAGACGCGGCUUGUACAGAGCAGAGAACAAUAAAUCGUAUCAACAGGGCCGCUGGGGUCUGUCCUUGCUGUUCCUGGGGGAUUCUGAUGACUAGAUGGACACACACCACCUCACAGUCUCUUCACCUGGGUUGAGUGAGGAUUUGCCAUGUCCCCGGCAUUAGCCUAUGAACUGGGCAAGUGGAGAGGAGUGAGACAGGUAAGUCGAUCUCUCAGGAACUGACUUGAGAUUUCAAGACUCCCCUCCAC